ACGAGCUGAAGUUGGCACUAACAUUCUCAGACCUGAGGACUACUCUGCCGUCUCCCCCUCUCCAAAAUGAUUAAAGCCCUCUUUGUUACUACUUGCUUGCUAAUCUUUCAGCGUCAAGGAAGCUCAAUGAAGGAACUACCUGGGGUGAAGGUCUAUGAAGUGGUAUAUCCACAAAAAAUUCAUUCAUUGCAGAAGAGGGAUGUAGGAGAAAGUCAGAACUCUCAUCAAAAGGCCAAGUAUGAAGAUGCUGUACAGUAUGAGAUCAAAGUGAAUGGAAAGAAAGUGGUCCUUCACCUAAAAAAAAAUAACGAUCUUUUUUCCAAAGACUACACUGAGACCCAUUACUCCCAUGAUGGCACAGAAAUUACAACCACCCCUAAAAUCGAAGACCAUUGCUAUUAUGAAGGUCACAUCCAAAAUGAUAGCAGCUCUACAGCAAGCAUCAGUGCAUGUCAUGGCUUGAGAGGAUAUUUCAAAAGCCGUGGCAAGAGGUAUCUUAUUGAACCCUUGAAGCUCUCAGACAGUGAAGCACAUGCAGUCUACAAAUAUGAAAAUCUUGAAAAUGACGACAGCCCCAAACUCUGUGGAGUUACCAACACUACAUGGGAAUCAGAGGAUCCCGUCAAAAAGACCUCCCGGAUUAGUACCAGUGCGGAAAAGCAAGCAUACCUGAAGGCCAGAAAGUAUGUUGAACUUUAUAUAGCUGUGGACAACACAGUGUUUAGGAAAUACAGCCGCAAUAUGACAGGUGUAAGGACAAGAGUAUUUGAAAUAGUCAAUUAUAUAAACACGGUUUACAAAGCCAUAAACAUUCAUGUAGCUUUGAUUGGCUUAGAAAUUUGGUCUGAUGGGGACAAGAUUGUCGUGGACAUUUCUGCUGGUGUCACUUUAGACCGAUUUUCCAACUGGAGGCAGACAGUUCUGCUGAAGCGGAAGAGGAACGAUAAUGCCCAGUUACUCACGGGGAUUGACUUAGAUGGACCAACAGUAGGAUUGGCCUUUGUGGGAACCAUUUGCAGUGAUGCCCAUUCCGCAGGGAUUGUCCAGGAUCACAACACAAACCCAAUUGCAAUUGGUGCCACUAUGGCCCAUGAAAUGGGCCAUAACUUUGGCAUGAAUCACGACAGCGAUUUCUGUACGUGCAGUUCAGGCUCUUGUAUCAUGGCAGCACAGCUCAGCUACCGACCUCCCCGGGAUUUCAGCUCCUGCAGCUUCCAGGAUUUUCAGAAAUUCAUGAUGGACCGGACACCAGCUUGUGUUACCAAUGUGCCGUCGCCAAAAGAUAUCAUUGCAACACCAGUGUGUGGAAAUGACUUUGUGGAGGAAGGAGAAGAAUGCGACUGUGGCACCCCUGAGGAAUGCUCGAACAGCUGCUGUGAUGCUGCUACUUGUAAGCUGAAGCCAGGUGCUAAAUGUGGAUAUGGGGACUGUUGCGAAAAGUGCCAGAUCAGAAGAGCGGGAGUAGUUUGCCGGGCAGCUAAGCAUGACUGUGAUUUGCCAGAACUGUGCACGGGACAAUCACAUCAGUGUCCAGUUGAUCGCUUCCGUGUGAAUGGAUAUCCAUGCAAAACCAAUCGAGGUUACUGCUACAUGGGGCAGUGUCCUAUCUUGCAGAACCAAUGCAAUGCUCUUUUUGGACCAGAGGCCACAGUAGCUGGGGAUUCCUGUUACGAUAUGAACAAGAAUGGGGUGUAUUAUGGAUAUUGCAAGAAAGCGAACGGCACAUAUAUACCAUGUGGGGAAAAAGAUCUAAAGUGUGGCAAGUUAUACUGCUCUGGUGGAUCCCGAAUGCCUUCGGUUGGAAGCCUAGUAACGUUUUAUGCCUGUAGAAGCAGUUUCCCAGGCAAAGACGAAGAAGAUUAUGGAAUGGUUGCCACUGGGACAAAAUGUGGAGAAGGCAUGGUCUGCAGCCAGGGAGAAUGUGUUGAGAUUGAGAGAGCCUACAGAUCCACCAACUGCUCUGCUCAGUGCCAAGGUCAUGCGGUUUGUGACCAUGAAUUACAAUGCCAGUGUGAGGAAGGAUGGACACCACCAAACUGUGAUGACCCUACAGCAAACAGAUAUAUCAUCAUCAUUGUCGCUGUAUUGGUGGCCCUUGUUUUCACAGGAGUCGUCGGAAUUGUCUUGUUCCAUUACCAGGUUGUGAAGAAGAAACAAAGCCAGAGCAUCCACAAGAAAGUGAACGGAUCCAUAAACUCUGGCUUCUCAGGACCAGAACAGAAGAGAAGACAGCAUACAAGCCCUGCGGCCAUUCCUCCAGAGGCCAACCCUACAAGUGUUCUUAUCCCCCCACCUCCACCACAAGCUAACAAGCCACCGAAAAUUCCAGGUGAAGGUGCCUACCAAAAUGCCAAAAUGCCCAUCGUAAAACCAAAUAUUCCACCUCCUCCUGUUCCAACUGCCAAGCCAGCUUUGUUUCCUGUUACAGGCAGUUCAGUUGCAGCAAGUCAGCCAGUUCCUUCUUUGGCCUUCAAGCGUAAACAAGCUCCUCCACCCCCACCCCCGGCAUUAAAACCCCCAACUAACCCGAAAGUAUAAAGGACUGGACCAAAUACUGUUCUGAGAUGUCCUUGGUUCCUCCAUUUGCAAAGGAAACAGAAUUGCUAAUAUCUUUCUAAGGUUCUUAUGGAUUUUCCCUGCAAAAGAAAUGGCAUUGUUCAUGUUUGGUAGCCGUCAUCUUGAAUACUGACUCUCAAGGGUGGGAGGGAGGAAUGAAUGGAAGGGAACUUCUUCAGCCUGAUUCUUUCCAUAGUGGUAGAAUCAUACUUUGAGAGAUCCUCAUGCACUGGGAGCACUUUGUGAAUUAUGGAACGGAGCCAAGUAGUUUUUAAGGUCUAAACGUUUUGAUGGUUCUUUACCAGUGGUCUGUGCCUAGUCAAUAUCCCAUCACUGCCACCCAUGGACCAGACCAGAGGUUUUCCAUGGAUGUACUAAAGCUGAAUGCUACUGGGGACAGACUCCUUCCUGACUUCCAUUGCAUUUCCGUGAAGUACGAGUAUGACUUAGUCCUUCACCAUGACUCUUGAGCCUCCUCUACACAUUCAACCUUCUCCAAGUCACCACUCUGUCUCCGGAAGCACAGAAGCAAAGCUCAGAUUCUGAAGCUCUCGUGCCUCGAUUGUUGCUGAGGAACUGCCACAAUGUGCAACGCUUGCCAUCCUUUCUUUCCUGUCCCUGUUCCUGUGCAUUUUACACAGGUUCAGCCUGCAGCCAUUUGCAGGGGAUUACAUUUAUUCUCCAUGCUGUGAAAAAUAUUCUCUUGUUGAUGCCUGCAACUUCAGCUGUUGAUGGCUGGGAGCAGGUCAGGCACUUGUAAGCAAGCAGCCUUUAACUGGUAAAGGGCGUCAUUGUUAGCACUUGAAUAGUCCAGCAUUUCUUUGAGGCUAAGUUUUAGUGGCCUAUGUAUUUAGAGUGUUUACACCGAAAACACUACUACCAAAAUACAUCUUUCAACUGGUACAUGAUGAAUCAUCUGAUUUGUACACGGGGGUGGCAUAAUUACAUAGAAAAAUCUGUAUUUUCUUUGGUGUGUGUUACUUUAUGAAAAGGUCAGUAGUGAGAUGGUUAAUUAAUAUAGAAUCAGAUCAAUGUGGAAUUAAUUAAUGUGGAUUAAUUAAUGUGGAUUCAGAUGUACUUUUUAAUGUGAUUUGGGGGAAAAAUAGGUACACAAAUACAGUCACCAAAAAGCCUUGCUACGUAGAGAAAAGACAUUAGUUCUUUAAUUUUUAUUUUCUCACAUGUACAAAAGCUGCAAAACUAGGCAUGGUUUCUUUGAAAACCCCAUUGAAUGAAAUUGGAUUGUCUUUGAGUAAGGAUGCAAGGGGGUGAAAUAAUGGAAAGAAUUUUAAACAUAGCAAUCUAAAACGUAUUUGGUUGCAGUUAUUGGACUAGGAUCUGGGAGACCCAGGUUUGAAUCCCCUCUCUUGCCAUGGAAACUUGCUGGGAGACCCUGGGCUAGUUGCGCUCUCUCAGCCUCAGCUACCUCACAAGGUUGUUGUAAGGCUUAAAUGGAUGGGGGAGACCAAUGUAAACUGUUUUGGGUUCCUAUUGGGGAGAAAGGUGGGGUAUAAAAUAAGUAAAUAAAUAGUCUUUCUUCCUAUACUAAUAGUGCAAUCCUGAACAGAUUUACAUUCUUCCAAGUUCAUUGUAAUCAAUGGACUUAGAAGGGCAUAACUCUGUUUAGGAUUGUCCUCCAAGGUCUCACUGCAAACCAUGAAAUGGAACUUAAUUGCAAUUGCAUCGUACUAUUGAGAGGAGUUGCCUGAGCCUAUCAAUAUUUACUCAAAAGUAGAUUCCUUUGAGUUUGCUGGGAUGUAGUCUCAACUCAAGUAAGCGAGGUGUACACUUAAGAUGUUUUCGGCAUAAACCUGAGUGCGUGAAUGAGAUGAACAUAUGUUUGGAAACAUUGUCAUGAGAAAACUAGGCUUAUUGUUCAGACCCUAGUGUGCAUGCGCUAGAGUUGCUGUUCCCCCUGCCAACCAUUUUUAUGCCAUGAAACCACUGCAUAGAGUUCCUGGUGUUACUACAGUUGUUAAAAGCACAAGAGCCUCUGGCAGGGAAGCAGGUGCUGAUAUUCUGGGUCUAAGCUUUUGAGAGUCAAAGCUCCCUUCUUCAGAUUCCUGCCUAAAUAAGACAUGGUACAAGUGCAAAGUUCCAAAGGAGACUGCAUUUUGCCUCUUCUUGCAUCACAUUUCAUCAGACCUGGGUUUCUGGAUCAGAUGGAAGAAAGACUGGCCUGAGGCUACAUAGCAAAAAUGUUUGGCAGAUCAGAAGGGCUUUCCAUAAAUAAUUACACUCUCCCCUCCUGUCCUGCUCUUUAUCUCUAAAAAUGCAGGUCACAGGUAAAUAUGGGAUUGCUUCCAUACAGCAGAUUGAAACUCUCAUGUUAAGAGAGUUACAACAUUGAAAUAUAGAUGAGCUUAAAUACUGUUAGGUAAUUGCUCUUUGAAACACAAAUGCAUGUGGAAGGCUUCCAUGUGCCUUUAAUGAUCAUCUUUGUUAAUCUCUGCAUUACCUGUAAAAGAGGAAGUGAUGUUAUGAAAUAACAGAAGUUCUUGACUUGCACCUGCUUGCGUGUGAGAGAGGAUGCAUUAUCCACUGUUACUUGUGUGCAAUGCCUCCUGUUCAUUUCAUUGAGGCCAAUACAGGACAGCCAGAAGGCUGAACUUUGACCUUUCACUGGAAUAAUUAUCUUCUGGUUGAGUGUUUCUUCUGCACUCUUUUUUUUCUUCCUGCAAAGAUGUUAUUUUUAAUAUGAGUGUGCAUUUGGUGAAUGGAGAUUUAAAAUGUUAUUUUUUGUUAUCUAUGGAAAAAUGUAUAUUUGCAAUGAUACCUGUAUUUAAAAUAUUCUUAUAUAAAGUCCAGAC